AUGGACGAAUCACCCCCUGACUUCUACGACGUCUACCUCACCGAGCAGCACGGCGUGCGCAACCACCUGGCCAUCUUCAUCGAAACCAUGCCCGACGCGGAACCCUUCUGCAACAGCGGUCGGCUCUACCAUGUGGUGGGCACCAUCUUGCGCGGCAUGGACUACGGCCAUCGCAACACCCCCGAUCCCGAAUUGCUGCCCGGCUAUGUGAUGGACUCGAAGCGCAAGAUUGCCGUGAUCGCCAGAGACGACGUGAUCCGAUUCGAGCGGGAAUGUGCCGAAGAAAUCCCACCUCCCCCGGCUCAGCUGACCCUCAGUGGGAAGCCUUUGAACCGGGCCGUGCCUUUGUAUCGCUGCACCGACUGGGUGGAGGACGUGGUGCAUUUGGCCUUCGAACUGGGCAUCUUCAAGAGAGAUGGGAAGGAGGGCGAGUUAUACUUUGGAACGGAAGAAGAUUGA